AUGUCGUUCGUUGGUGAUAUAAGGAAGAUACUUCUCCAUCUUCUUCUUCUCCUCUCCUUCGUCUCUGCUGAGACCCAUAACAUACAUGCUGAUGUUCCACCCGGCUAUGAGUCGCCUUCUUACUACCCUACCCCCAAGGGAGGCUGGAUCCCGGAGUGGGAGGCUGCAUAUGCAAAAGCCGCUGUACUCGUCGCCAAUAUGACACUUGCAGAAAAGGUGAACUUGACCACAGGAACAGGAAUCUUUAUGGGCCCUUGUGUCGGUCAGACAGGCAGUGCUCUAAGAUUGGGCGUACCAAAGCUCUGCCUUCAAGACGGGCCCCUGGGACUGCGGAAUACAGACCACAACACGGCUUUCCCUGCUGGAAUCACUGUUGGGGCGACUUUCGAUAAGAAGCUCAUGUACGAACGUGGUGUCGCUAUGGCCAUCGGCGGUGCCCUGACUAUCAAAGGUGUUCAGAAGGCUGGUGUAAUAGCAACGGUGAAACAUCUCGUGGGAAACGAGCAGGAAAUCCAUCGGAUGACCAACGUCGUGCAGCGUGGAUACUCUUCUAAUAUUGACGACCGAACGCUGCAUGAAUUAUACCUAUGGCCGUUCGCAGAGGCUGUCAGGGCUGGUGUUGGAGCAUUGAUGAUGGCGUAUAAUGACGUAAACGGCUCUACCUGUAGCCACAAUAGUCUUUUAAUCAACGGAAUCCUGAAAGAUGAACUUGGCUUCCAGGGGUUGGUCAUGAGUGACUGGUUCGGCCAAAUUGGUGGAGUUUCCUCCGCUCUAUCAGGGCUUGACAUGGCUAUGCCUGGUGAUGGCCCAGUCCCGUUAACGGGCACCUCUUAUUGGGCAUACGAGCUUUCGCGGUCAAUCCUUAACGGGACUGUUCCUUUGGAGCGGCUAAAUGACAUGGUCACUCGAAUCGUUGCAACCUGGUUCCAAUUCGGACAGGAUAAUGAUUUCCCGGAACCAAAUUUCUCAACCAAUACCCAGGCGGAGAAAGGACCUCUUUAUCCUGGGGCCGUAUUUUCUCCGACAGGAAUAGUAAAUAAGUUUGUUGAUGUCCAAGGGGCUCACAAAGAGAUUGCCAGGGCCAUUGCGAGAGACGGUAUCACACUUGUGAAGAACGAAGAUAAUCUGCUCCCUUUAGAGACAAACGCCUCAUUGGUAGUGUUUGGAGAAGACGCAGGCACAAACCCAAAUGGGAUUAACUCCUGCGCUGACAAAGGCUGUAAUAAGGGCGUUCUUACGAUGGGUUGGGGUAGUGGAACUUCCAGGCUGCCUUACUUGAGCACUCCUGAGGAGGCUAUCAAAAAUAGGUCGACCACUGCCAAAUCCUAUAUCACGAACAGAUUCCCUUGGAAUAUUCAGGUGAAACCCGAAGAUAUUGCCAUUGUCUUUGUUAACUCCGACUCCGGCGAGAAUUAUAUCACCGUUGAAAGAAACCCUGGUGACAGAAGCUAUGCUGGGUUGGAGCUCUGGUACGGAGGGGAUACUCUGGUCCAAGAAGCAGCCAAGAAGUUUUCAAAUGUUGUCGUUGUUGUGCACACUGUUGGGCCGACCCUUCUAGAGAAAUGGAUCGACCUACCUACAGUAAAAAGUGUUCUCAUUGCUCAUCUUCCUGGGCAAGAGGCAGGUAAUGCUGUUGCAGAUAUUCUAUUUGGCGAUGCAAGCCCUAGUGGUCAUCUUCCAUAUACCAUCCCCAAGUCAGAGUCCGAUUAUCAUCCAAGCUCUGCGCUUAUCGAUAAACCCUUUGAGCAGAUCCAGGAUACUUUUGUCGAUGGAUUAUUCGUCGACUACCGCCAUUUCCAAAAAGAAGGUAAACCAGUCCGUUUCCCGUUCGGGUACGGGCUUUCAUACACAUCAUUUGGCUUCACAGAGGCUACCUUAGCUGCUGGAGUUCGACUGUCCCAGUACCCCCCUGCCAGGAUUCCUAAGGGCACGACACCAGUAUACUCUCAUAAAAUCCCGGACCCCUCGGAAGUGGCAUGGCCUAAAGACUUCACGAAGAUAUGGCGCUACCUGUAUCCAUAUCUUGAUAACCCAGCUAGUAUAAAAGCGGAUUCAAGUUAUACUUAUCCAAAGGGGUAUCAGACCACGCCGCAGCCAGACCCAAGAGCCGGAGGCUCCCAAGGAGGAAAUCCAGCUCUCUGGGAUAUAGUAUGCACGGUUACUGUCAAAGUCAAGAAUACGGGUCAGAAACCUGGCCGUAGCGUUGCCCAACUAUACGUCGAAAUACCAGCCGACUUGGCUCCGAACACGCCCAAAUUGCAGCUCCGUCAGUUCGAGAAGACAUCAAACCUCGUUCCUGGACAAGAAGAGGUAUUAAAGAUGGAGCUCACGCGAAAGGAUUUGAGCAUUUGGGAUGCGGUGGCUCAGGAUUGGAAGGCCCCAGUCGAUGGGAAAGGAGUCAAGCUAUAUAUUGGUGAGAAUGUUGAGGAUUUGCACAUCGUGCAACACACUAUAACUUCUAAGACCAUGCAAGGCUUCAAUAUGGGACGAUAUGUCCCUCCGGACCACGAAGGGGUUGUCUCCGGAAACCAGCUCGCUGGCAAACAUGCUCUUGGAUCUCGAGCCCGAAACUUGCAGAAAACAGGAGAGCUCACGGUGAGAUUUGAGAUGCCGUUUCCUAUUUGGUGCUCGACUUGCAAGCCGGCAGAAUCUGUGAUCAUUGGGCAAGGUGUGCGAUUUAAUGCACUUAAGAAGAAAGUCGGAAAUUAUUAUUCGACCCCUAUAUAUAGCUUCCGCAUGAAGCAUAGCGUAUGUGGAGGUUGGAUAGAGAUUCGAACAGAUCCCCAGCACACCGAGUAUGUGGUCACGGAAGGAGCCAGACGCAAGGUCAUAGCAGAGAUAGGGAAAGGAGAGUACGAAGAGACUUCUACCGGGGCUGGAGAGAUUCGAGUACGGAUGCCUGGAAAUAAUGAGGAGAAUAAGACGCUAGAUCCAUUCGCAGCUCUAGAGGGGAAGGUUAUAGAUAAAAAUAAAUAUAUGACGGAAAAGAUGCGGAUGGAGGAGCUUUUGAGGCGACAAGAUCGAGACUGGGAAGACCCGUACGAAAGGUCAAGAAAACUGAGAAGAGCAUUUCGGGCGGAUCGAAAAAAGCGAGAAGCAACACAGUCUGAGACAGAGGCGCUGAAAGAUAAAUUCAGCCUAGGGGUUGAUUUACUGGAUGAGACGGAAGGAGAUCGUAUACGUGCUGGAGUGGUUGAGUUUGGGCAAGGCGAUAACCAAACUGAUUUCUCUCUCUCUUUACCAUCAAGCCUUCGAAUAAAACCUCUUUUUGGAGGCCCUAAUCACAAUAAACAGGAAAUCCGCACCAAACCUGGUCAACAGAAGAAACGAAAGAAGGUGAGAGAUGUUGCUGCAGAGAAGAAGGCUUUAUUGCAGCAAGAUUUGAGAGGCAAUACAAGGGCGGCAAUAGACCCGUUCCUUCUGAUGGAUGAAACGAUGUGGCAGCAAUUACCGGGAAUCACGAAGAGGAAGAAAUCAAACAAAGUGAUCAACGAGAUAUCAAUCGAGAGUAGGGAAGAGGGGCAUAGUGAUGGAGCCAGAAAGAGUAAAGGGGCAGCAGAGGGUAACGGCGGCUUGCCCAGCAAUGAGUGCCUAGGCAAAAGUAGUGACUCCCUUCCAAGGACACCAUCGGAUGUGCAAAAAGCACGGAAACCUCUCGUGGCUGGACUUGUGGAUUACGGAUCGGAAUCAGAUUAA